AUGCCUCCAAAACGCAGCACGCGCGCCGCGGCGGCGACGACAACGACGAAAUCAACGACAGCACAAACACGCACCACACGCGCCGACGCAACUACCACACACCCUGUUGUUGGCGGUGCGAGUACUACUUCUACUACCACCACAACAACCACUACGAAGCGCGCCGCCGCUCCUUCGCGCAAGAUGAAAGCGCCCACUUCAGCCGGACCACAACAGCUCGACGGCGCCGCCGAUGAUAACGAUGACGCCGACAACAACACCGAAACCAGCAAUGGCGGCGGCGACAACAACAGCGGCGAAGACAGCGACACCCUCGGCAUCUCGACCCGGCCCGCGCGUUUGUUCCGGCGCGCCGACAGGGUUUCAACCACGACGGCGGAGGACUACGUGAUGACGGGCGCCCUGGCCGAAGGCGACGGCGGCGCGGCGAGGAAGAAUAACAACAGGAAUGUUAGGACGAGGGGCAGGAUGAGGGGCGGCGUGACGAAGCAGCGGACGGCGGCCAAGGAUCCGGAGCAGGCGAAGGCAUUGGAGGCGCUGAGGAAGAGGAGAGAGGAGGCGAUGGGUGGGGGUGAUCGUGCUGCUGCUGCUGCUGCUGCCCCUGCGGCUGGUGCGACGGCGGGCGCUGCGGCAGAUACGGAGAGGGAAGAAGAGGAUACUGAGAGGGGUAGGAGGCAGGAGGUGCCGGGAACGGCUAGCAGGGUGCGCAGGGCCUCGAGCAGCCAUUGGAACAACACGAUGCCUGGUAGCGCUGUCAAGGCGCAGGGAACGCCGGCGACGGAGAGAAGCGUGCUCGCUCUGACGAAGUUCAAGAAGAGGAGAAGGCAGGGCAGCUUGUUGCGCAUGAUGCAGCAGAGCGAUGCGGAGGACACGGGCGGCGAUGACAGCAUGGACGACAGCGCGGCGACGCUGGAUUACAGCUUGGGUGACUUUGAGCCGGAUCAUGAGGGCACGCCGCUGAACUUGGGGAGAGCGGGCUCUAUGGCGGCGGCGUUGCCUGGGUCGGAGCCGAGGACGAGCAGCUCGAGGAAGAGAAAGCUGGCUGAGCGGGAUGAGAUGAUGGAGAUAUCGACAGUGCAAGUGCCACGGUCGUCGCCGCCGGUCAUGGAAGACCAGUUGGUUGCUGAUGGAGAAGAGACGUCGUCGGAGCACCUCUACUCGGAGGUUUCUGAAGCGCAGCAGAUGGUCGUCGAUACGCAGCCCGAGCCCCAGGAGGAUGAGGAAGCAACGACAAAUAAAGCUGCCAUAGAGACUGCGGCUCCGCACCGUUCUACAUCGCCUCUCUCCUCCAUCCCCGCCGAACUGGAGCCAGAAGAGGCGCCAGCAAAACGGCCUCGUCGCGCUGCCGCUCGCACCACCAAAUCUACCGGCCGAACUGCAUGGAGGGCCUCCACCGUUGAUCCAGAAGAUCACGCAGCCGAUCCGCUUUCGAGCUCUGAGUUGGAAUCGGACACCGCUACUGAAACCCCCGUCUCCAAGCGUACGUCGCGCAAGAAGACGAACUCAAGAAAACCGAAGGUUCUGUCCCUUUCGACAGCAACGCUGCAAUCCCUCCUGCCUCGCCGACGCAAAAAGCUUGCUACACGCUCCGCGAAGACGGCGACGGUGGGAACAUUCGAGAUCCCGAGUUCUUCGGAAGCGGAAGAAGAGGAGGUCGAAGUCGAGAGCGAUGAUGAAGACGAGCUUCAGCGCCCACCGGCAGCAACGAAAGGCAGGGGAAGAAAGAAGGUCACAGCGAGGACAUCGGACAGCACUGUCCGGAGCAAGAAACAGCCCAACGCUACAGCUGCUGCAGCGGCGGCGAAGGAUAAGCCGGGCAAGAAACGGCUCAGCCGGACGUACGGCCGUCGGUCUAGCGACAAGGAGAACCAGGAUGCGGACGCGUCGAUGUACGUGAGGAGCGGUGGCGAGAGCGAUGGAGAUGACGACGGUGUGGUUGAAACGAGGGAGAUGAGGGAAAAGAUGAAGAGUAAGGAGCUUGAGGCUGCGGCGAGGAAGUUCAAGGAGAUAGAUGAGUGGGAGAUGGAGUUUGAGAGCGUGGAUAUGGGGGGCGCCAGUGCGAGUAGUCCGUGGAGGUAA